AGUAGGGAAGUUGUUAACGUCACCUUAGGGUUCACCUUAGGGAUGGGUCGUUUCGAAGGAAAAGCAGUUAUCGUGACUGGUGCUUCCACUGGUAUAGGACGAGCGACAGCACAAUUAUUUGCCCGAAAAGGAGCAAUGGUGACUAUUUGUGGUAGGAGAAAAGCUGCAUUGGAGGAGACCAAAAGGCUUCUACUAGCUGAAAAUGGCAAUGAUGAGGGGAAAAUCUUGAUUGUCAUUGGUGACAUUUGCAAUGAGGAAGUUAUGAAGCAGAUAGUCGACGAAACUGUAGGAAAGUUCCAUCGUCUAAAUGUGCUGGUCAAUAAUGCGGGGGGAACGCAUGGAGAGAAGUUCGUGAGUGAGCUGGAAAUUGAUCUGGCUGCAUUUGAUUACACGUGGAAGCUCAAUACGAGGAGCGUUCUUCGCCUCUGCCAACUCGCCUAUCCACAUCUUAUCGAGUCUCAGGGAGAAAUCGUGAAUGUAAGCAGCAUUGCCGGGAUGCACAAUGGAGUUGCGCCGUUUCCGUUUUACAGUAUCUCAAAGGCUGCUCAGGAUCAGCUCACUCGUAAUAUAGCAGUUCACUACAUCAAAAAAGGAGUUCGUGUCAAUAGUGUGAGCCCUGGACUCAUAUCCACAGACGUAAUGCAAAAUCAAGGAUUGAGCGAUAAGGCCGUACGAGCUGCUCGGGAAAGAAUAGUUGCUGAUCCGUCACGAGUUCCAUACCAAAGGGCAGGGACACCUGAAGAAGUUGCUAAAGCGAUACUGUUUCUGGCUGACAGAACCAAAUCAAACUACAUUGUCGGACACCAACUUGUUAUUGACGGUGGAUCUUCUCUACAAAUGUCGCUCCUCUCAGAUGGUUUCAAUAUGUUUGCAGAAGAAGCUGCGAAGGAAGCAUUGCACGGAUAACCUACAGAUGGAUGGUUUAUGUUUAACCGCAUUCCUUUAGAUCGCAAUCUAUUGAUAUGUGUUUAUCGCAUUCGCAUGCUAAGUGGGCAAAUGCAUUCUAUUACGUUGGUGCAAAGUGUCCGUUCUAAGCUUAUUUUCCAAACAACUUUUUUCCACCAAACUUUCU